GGUCUGUCUGCCUGGUAACAGCUGAUGCUCUGAGAUGCUCUGAUAGGAUUGGCUGCUGCAGGUCAUGUGAUCAGGUCCUCUGGUUCUUAGAGCAGCUCUCAGUGAGACGGAGUCAGUUAGUUAGAGAACAGAAGAAGAAGAACAGAAGAAGAAGAAGAAGAAGAGAGAAGAAGAAGAAGAACAGAAGAAGAAGAAGAAGAAGAACAUGGCUUCAUCCUUCAUCAUCACCCUCCUCUUCAUCAGCCUCUACACAGCAGAUGGAUUUAUGGAAUAUGGUCUGGCCCGUUGUGACUUUAACUCGUCUGAUCUGAACGACAUCGAGUACAUCUUGUCGUAUCAUUACAACAAGGUGGAGUACGCCAGGUUCAGUAGUAGUUUGGGGAAGUUCGUCGGGUACACGGAGUUUGGAGUGAAGAACGCUGAGUACUGGAACAAUGAUCCUUCAUAUCUGGCUGCUCUGAGAGCUCAGAAGGAGACGUACUGCAAGAACAACGUUGACAUCGACUACCAGGCUGCUCUCUCUAAAUCAGGUGAGCCGUCCGUCCGAGUCCACUCGGCCACGCCCCCUGGGGGGAAACACUCGGCCAUGUUGGUCUGCAGCGUCUACGACUUCUACCCCAAACAGAUCCGGGUCACCUGGACCAGGGACGGACAGGAAGUCACCUCUGAUGUCACUUCCACUGAUGAGCUGGCAGACGGGGACUGGUACUACCAGAUCCACUCUCACCUGGAGUACACGCCCAGGUCUGGAGAGAAGAUUUCCUGUAUGGUGGAACACGCCAGCCUGAGAGAACCCCUGAUGACCCCCUGGGACCCGUCCAUGCCUGAGUCUGACAGGAACAAGAUUGCGAUCGGAGCCUCAGGACUGAGUCUGGGUCUGGUCUUAUCUCUGGCUGGAUUCAUCUACUACAAGAGCAAGACCCGAGGUCAGACCAGGGCUCCAUGUAGAUCACUUCAGACCUCUUUACAGGACAUUAGACCAGUUUCACAACAGUUCCAGUCUCAGAGGAGUUCCAGACCAGCUCCAGAGUCUCAACGCUGUUUAUGUUUACAACUCCUUCUGAAACCGGUCUCUAAGAGUUCUCUAAAGUAACCUUUUGUUUUGUUA